AUGAGUGGUAUCAAACCUUAAACUUUAAAGAUCAUUUCAAGACUUAGAAACGGUUAUUAAUAAGAAAAUAAUAUAUAGGAGGCUAAUAAAAUAAUGAAAAUUUAAAUUGAGCAUUACGAUGCAAGAGAUUUAAGAUUGUAAGAUUUAUAGGAUUGCUAAAAUGUUUAUAAAGUGAUAAAGAAAGAGACAACAACAAAAUGGAUUUUAUUAUCAAAAUUGGAUGAAUGUAGAGCAUAAAUAAAAUUAGAAUUAUAAUAUCUUAAAAAAUUAGUUAGUUUUGUUUAGAAUAAUAGAAAUGAUUUAAAUAGAUAGUAAUAACUUGAUUUAAAUUAAUUGUUAAUACUAUUAAAUAUUUUUGAAACUUAUGUGGAUUAAAUAGAUAGUAAUACUUAUGAUAGAAAAGAAAAAUAGAAACGUAUAAAAUCAUCUGAAAUUGAAGAGAAAUAAAAAACAAUUAACGAAUGGAAAAAAUAAGUAAAUAAAAAUGAGAUUGUUUUGGAUAAGAUAUAACCAUCAAUCUCAGAAUGGAAGCAAAUUCCAUUAAAAAUUUUAGAUGAAGCUUUAACAAUAUCAUUUGAAUUAAAAUUGAAAUUAUUUCAAGAACCAGAUAAUUUUGAUUCUGAACGAGCUUUGAAAUAUUAAAAUUAAAUAUAAGAUCUGAGAAGAAAAUUGAUUCUUGAUUAAUACAAAAGAAGUAGAAAUUAAUUUGAUGAAUUUUAAUAGAUGUAAUGAAAUUAUUAUUUAUAUAAUUAGAAUUGACAAUUUUAAUUAUCAUAUACCAAAACUAUAAGAAAUGAAUCAAUUAAAUUUAGCUUAGUUGAAAGAUAUGAAGAGAAAACUUAAAGACAAAUCUAAAUCAAAUAUUAGCUAAAUAAAUUCAGCUAAAUCAUCUCCAAGAAAGGAAGAAAAUAAAAUUUAACAAAAUGAAGUAAAUGCUUGUUUGUAAUAAUAUUAAAAGUAAUACUAAAAGAUUAUGAAAAUAGAGAAAAAUAAAGAAUAAGUAGAAUAGAUAAAGCAUAAUAUAAAUAAAAUAUUAAAGAAUCUUAGAGAGAAGUUUUUAUUGCAAGAACUAAUUAAGGUUCUAUAUAGAAAUUGCAUUAAAGUUUUGAAAUAAAUAAAAUAAAUACAAGUAAAGGACAUAGAGAAUAUAUAAUUUCAAUGAUAGAUGGAUAAUUAUUAAAACCUUAUACUCCAUUAGCAAGAUUAAGAAAAGAAGAUUCAAAAGAUACAUGCUAGAAUUCUAGAAUCAAUGAUAAUAAUUCCAGAAAAUAAAGUAUUAGAAAUGGUUCUCCUUAAUCUUUUGUUGAAAGAAUAUCUUAAAAGAUUAAUGAUGUCACCAUAUGUGAAGAUGAAGAUACUUAUACUAAAUUAGAAUUUCCUGAACUUUAAUUGUCAAGAUAAUAAGGUUAUACGAAUAAAUAGAAUAAAAAAGUUGUAAAAUAAUAAUAUAAUUAAAAAUUUAUAGAAAAAGUUAAUAAUAAUGAAGUUAAAUUAGUGAAAUAAUGUUAAGGUAAUUCUAUAUACAAAUAAAGAUUUCUAUACUACAAGGAUGAAAUUUAAUGAUAAAUUCACUGAAUUAGUUUCUACUUUAUAAAAAGAUCGCCCUUUAACUUCUAGUUUACGAUCAAGAUCUUUAACUAUUAAUCAAAAUUAAAGACAAGAGAAAAUAUAAAAAUUAAGAAAAGUAGCUGAACAAGCUAGAUAGAAUUUCUUUUAUAGAAAUAAGGAAUAAAGAAUAUGGCAUCAGGACUUAGUAAAUCAAUUCAAAUUAGGUGAUCUAACUACUUAAUAUAUUAUUGAACAAUUAUAAUUUAUUCUAGAAGGUAUUUCUAUUUAAAAUUAUUAGAGGGAUUAUUUAUAUAGGUUGAUGAUAUCAUCAAUAUGGUUUAAUAAAUUGAAGAUUCUUUAGAAAUGAAGGUUACUUAAAAAUGCUGUAAGCUUCUUAAUAAAAUAUUCAAUUAUUUUGGAAUUCAAAUUUCUCAAAUAAGUGAAUAUAAAAAAUUUAAGAAUUUUAAUUCUUUUAUUGAUUGA